AAAUCUCACCAGAGACCGUGCCUACGGCACGGUGGCGGACCUCACUUGCCUCUUCUUCGUGGUCUACACAGCCCUCUUCGUGCUGCAGACCCCUGGCUGCUUUGGCUUGCCGCCAUGGGAGCGAGAGGAGAAGGCGUUCCUGGCCGUGGUCGAGACGGUGAACUUCGUGCCCAUGCUGUGCGUGCUCAUCAUGGCGACACGCAUCCGUGCAGUGCAGCUGACCCAGGGCCAGCCAGACCACUACGGCCUCCCACAGUGGUGGGUCAAGGUGGCCAUGCAGGUCUGCACGGGGUCGGUGAUGGCCCUCGCGCUAUUCGUGCUGGUGCUGUCCCAGGUGAACUCGGAGGUGCUCGAGGCGGUCACGAAGCAGCGAGGCAGAGGCACGGUGAUUCUGAGGCUCACCCGCAACGCUAUCAUCCUCGGCAUCUACCUGAGCUUCACCGUCAUCUGCAUUGGUGCGUGCAUCAUGCAGGCCCCGCCAGAGAUGCCAGCCAGGCGAGACGGGGAGCCCAGGGACGUCGCGGCACUGUCCUGCACGCUGCUUCUCGCGGUGCUCUACUUCGGGAUGUACUUGGUCCGCACAUUCGCCACGUUCGCGAAUCGCGCUGGGCUGCUCGGGCAGGCGCGGCGGUUCGGGAACGCACAGGAGCUGCUCCGCAACGCGACCGGCACCGUCGCCUUUGCACCCAUGCUGGGCGUGCUGUUCAUCGCGGCCCGCAUGCGGAUCUUCCAGAUUGACCGCGAGGAGAAGGCGGAGCACUUUUGGCUGCCCGCCUGCUGCUGGCUCUGCGCCGGCAGCGUCUUGCUACAGACGGCGUUCAUCGCCGCGCACUACUGCCUCGCCAGGGCCCAAGACGGGAGUGUAGAGCUGGACGAGGCCGCGGUCCCAAAGCACGCCAACGCGACGAAGGUCAUAGAGUGGGCUCGCUCGGUGGCGAUGGCCUGCCUCUACAUUGGCGUCGUUGGCGUCACGGCCGCCGUCGUGCUCAUGCGCCCGGUGGGGGGCACGAGGGAAGACAUGCCCGUGUCGCUCACAUGCGUAAUCGUACUCGCCGUGCUGUACUUCGGGGUGUACUUCGCGCUCUGGGCGCUGCAGGUGGGCCGAGGCAGCUCCGCGUCCAGCGGCCAGGUGGCGCCACACAGCCUCGAGGACUACCUGCACGGCUGGGCCAAAGUUCAGGUCGCCUUCUGCCCAAUGUUCUCCGUGCUCUUCCUCGCCACCCUGCUCAGGGCUCUGCUCCUCACCGGCGGCGCUGGCGCUCCUCAGGUCUGGUGCGAGGUGUCGCAGCAGGUGGCCACGGUUGCGAUCGUCUUGUUGGUGACGGUCCGCUUCGACGUGCUCCUGCCGACCCCGAUCCCGAAGUUGACGCUCGUGUGUGCGGCCUUGCAGUAUGCCUGCCUGUUCGUGCUUUACAUGUCCGCCAUCGUCUGUGUCUUCGCCCUCUUCACCAUGACGAGCGAGAGCGCUGGCCAGAACGCGCACUCGUUCGGCAAGUGGAUCCAGGUGCUGCAGACUGGCUGGCACUCGAUGGCGGGCCGCUACCAGGGUCUGCGUGCGUUCUGAGCGCCAGGGCGGGGGCGGCGGCGCAUCUUCUCGGCGCACGCUGGUCUUCGCUUCGUGCCCCGCGGGGGCCGGGUGCUGCUUGCUGGUGCCGGGGUGGCGGGGGCGUGCUGGUGGACAAGCGUAUGUCCUGCGAGCUUGAUACACGCACCACC